GUUGCAACUAGUCUCUGCAGGAUGGUGUGAACUUCACUGAAGACCUUGAACGAAACAUUUAUCUCACUCUGAAACUACAAACCUCUCUUAUCUUGGUUGGUUGGAGUCUGGUGUGUGAACGCAACAUUUUUUUAAAAAAAAAAACCUAACCUAUAAUUUUCUUUUCAUUAAUUAUUCUUUUUAUGUGAGAGUCUGAGUGACUGUCAGACAUGGCUGAGGCACCGCCACCACAGCCACAACCGGUCGAAAUUGACCCGGAAUUUGAGCCUCUCUCCCGCCCGCGCUCCUGCACCUGGCCGCUGCAGCGACCGGAGCUCAACGACCCGUCCGGCUCCAACACCUCCUCCCCGGCCCCGUCUGUGCAGCAGGAGUCGGGAGGAAACACCGAGUUCAUCAGCAACCUCGGCUUGUUGGAGGAGGACUACGAAGAGUAUGCAGAGCAGAAACCGCCUGUGUCCUGCAAUGACUUUCAGUGUCGGGAGGGAAACUGUGUGCAACCACAUCACCACCACCACCACCACCAUCACCAUCCUCUCCAGCAGCAGCAGCAGCAGCAGCAGCAGGUCGCGGGUCCGCAGCUGCCGCCUCAGCAACAGGUGCCUGUUCCUGGUGUCGCUCCGCUUGGUAGCUCCGGACAGAGGAAGAGCAGCUCGUCCCGUCGUAACGCCUGGGGGAACAUGUCGUACGCUGACCUGAUUACUAAGGCGAUAGACAGCUCACCAGAGAAGAGGCUGACACUGUCUCAGAUUUAUGACUGGAUGGUCAAGAGUGUGCCUUACUUCAAGGAUAAAGGGGACAGCAACAGCUCCGCGGGCUGGAAGAACUCCAUCAGACAUAACCUGUCCCUGCACAGCCGCUUUGUGCGCAUACAAAAUGAGGGAACGGGAAAAAGCUCCUGGUGGAUGCUGAACCCAGAGGGUGGAAAGAACGGAAAGUCACCCCGACGCAGAGCUGCAUCCAUGGACAACAACAGUAAGUUUGCCAAGAGCAGAGGAAGAGCCACAAAGAAAAAGAUGGCUCUACAGGAAGGGGUUGAGGGAGGAGCUGGCAGUCCUGGUUCCCAGUACUCUAACUGGCUGGGAAGCCCAAACUCCCACAGUAAUGAGGACUUUGAAUCCUGGAGCUCAUUUAGGACACGCACCAGCUCUGACGCCAGCACCCUGAGUGGCUGCCAUUCACCUUUCCCUCCUGAGCAGGAUGACCUGGGGGAGUCUGAUGGCCAUAUGAUGUAUUCUGGGGCGGCAGGGUCCAAGAUAACCUCCACCCUGCCCAGCCUGUCCGAGGUUGCUGGACCCAUUGGCCAACACGGCUCAGAGAACGUCAUGGAGAGUCUGCUGGAUAACCUGAACCUGCUGUCUCCUAAAACCGCCCAGCUGGGUUCUGACUCCUCACAUUCAUCAAAUGCUGCAAUUCUUCAGAGUAUCCCCUACAGCUCUGCCGGCUUGACCCCGCACCCGCAGAAGGACUACCGUAAGUGCAUGUACAGCCAGGUGAGGAUGAACUCCCUGCCCCCUUCCCCCAUGCAGACCCUCCCAGAGACCAAGCCUGGCUUUGGGGCUUAUGAGAACCAGUAUAUCUGCCCUGCUGGCCUCCUCAAAGAGCUGCUGACCUCAGAUGCAGAGGCCAGUAGGGACACACAGGUGUCUCAGAUAGGCAGAGGAGGUUGUCUAAUGCCCACUUACAGCCGUCAGAGCCACAUGGUGGGUCAUAAUGGAGUUAAAAUGAUGAAUCCUCCUCAAAGUCACACAGUUCCACAUGGAAAUCCACAAGCUAUACAUAGCCAGGGUCCUUCAACCUCACAAGACUUGAAUAGCUGUAACAUGAUCCCCCUGACUAGUCUGACUAGUCUUUCAGGGGCCCCUCCUCGAAUGACCAGCCUGAGGACAUGCAUGCCACCGCCCCGUGGACACCCAGCACACACUAUCACUGUUUCAGCAAACUACGGCAGCAAUAAUGGGUACAGGGAACUGAACUCGGUUCACCCAAACAGUCAUCACCAAGAGCGGCUGCCCAGUGAUCUGGACAACAUGUCCAUUGAGAGGUUUGAAUGUGACAUGGAGACUGUCCUCCAUGACACCCUUAUGGAUGGCGGGGCGCUGGACUUUAACUUUGACCCCGCAGCUGGGCCUCAUGGGUUUCCCCAGAGGGUAAAGACCACCACACAUAACUGGGUGUCAGGCUAGGACGCAUGGGGGAUCACACAGAGGUGAGGCCAACAGGUUUUAUCAGCAUCACGCCACUGCUCACUGUCAUUUACAGGCUGGAAAAUAUAAAUAAAUAUAAAUUCCCAGAAGCCACCAAGAUCACACCAAGAUCAUGUCCUGAGUGUCAUCUCUGUGUAUAAUCAUGCAUGUCAUUACUUUAAAUUCAAUUAAGUAAACAAAAUAAGUUUGUCAUUUAGAUCCAGAUAAUGAAUACAACCUGAAUUUCAUUUAUAACGGCAUUGAACAUGCUUAAAAAGACAGUUCUGCAACGAGAGAAAAUUAUUGAGACAAGCCCAUAGCCUGUAGAGUUCAGGGAGGACCCCCCCCCCCCCCCCCCCCCCACACCCCCGGUAAUUACAUUAUGUGCAUUACAUUUAUGCAGAAAGAGACACAAAUUGAUGCAUUGAAAUUCACCAGAAUGCAAGAAAUUAAAAAGUGUUAUGCUCAAAAUAUCCUGAGGGAGAACCCCAGAGCCCCAGUUCCAUAUGUGCCCCCAAAUGUUGACAUGAAACCUGCACCCUUGGACAAGCUAGCAGUAACAGUUGCCUUGUUUUCAGCUGCCUUUCAAAAACUGGAAAUGCAUGUGCACUUGUCUAUUUUUGUCAAUUCAUGUUAAUAUAAAGAUAUACAGUAUAUUACAGACAACAUAAAAAAAGGUUGAGCUUAAGUAAUUUCUCAAAGAUUUCUCAAAAAUUUCUCUAUCGUUUGUGGCCAGUCAACACUGCAGGAUCACAUUUUGUUUGAAAACUAAACUUUGCAGCAGUUAUUCAGCCAAGCUGAACAUACUUGCGGGACUUCAAAAACAGGUCUUCACUUGUAACAAUCCAGUGAAAAGAGCCAGUUUGGGGGCCAACUCAGCAAGCUAUUCAGUGAGAUACAAGUAUGGAUGAAUAUUUCCACAGUGUGAUUCGACACAUUAGUGGUAUUUGGCCUUGUGCGUAAAUGGUCAAGUAUAAUUUGAAAAUGGCACCCAAAUUUUUAAAGGAGGAUUUGAUAUUACAUUCCAGUGGACCAAAAACCUGCUAAAUUUGAUGUUCUCCAUCAUCUGAUCAGUGACAAGAAAAUCAAUAUAUAAAGUUUAAAUUUAAGAUCUUUAAGCAUAGGGCCCUGAAUGGCGAAGGAUUCAAGUGUUGAUCUAGUGAGAUCUUUCUUCUUAAAUGCUAGAUAAAUCAGUGUAUCAUCUGCAUAGUGAUACACACUAACUUCAUUAAAAUAGUAAAUUAAAAUUAACUAGAGGUGAGAACAGAGUAAGUCCUAAAACAGACAUCUGAACACCACAAAGCAGAUGAUGAAACAAACACCAAAAAUAUUCUGAUUGGUGAACACACAGAUUCAAUGUAUAUAGACAGAUGUUGUGGUACAGUGUUGUCAGAUUCAUCACUCAAACAUAAGCCAUAUUUUCUCACCAAUAGAUGUCUAUAGAGACCGUGAGACAAGCUGUAUCUUUGUCUGAAAUGAAUUUAUCAUUCAUAUGAUGAUAUUUAUUUGGGUUUUUUUGGUAACUAUUGGAUUCUUGCUUCGUAUUUUUUAUUCUUGUAAAAAAAAACAUGAGUGCCUAUGCUGUGUACAGUGUAUACUGUUUUUUAGUUACAUGGUAUUGCUAUGCUGUUUUUGUCUUGUUACAUCAAACUAAUACUGAAUAAAAUUAAAGAUAUUUUAGAGAAGUUUCCAUCUAAAACAACUCACUAAAAGUCCAUAUCAAUCACAAUUCAUGUGGAGAAGUGAACUUAGUAAAUGCUCCCUGUUGCGUUAAUGGUUUUAUCAAUCAGUAAUUAAGAGUUGCUUAAAAAGUGCAGGUGUUUUGGAUAACCUUUGAAGAAUAAGACUCCUCAACAUCUUAUUUUGCCUUUUUGGAUUUAAUCAGGGGAAACGUUCCAGCUCUAGUCUAGGACCACAAUGACCUCUGUGACAUUAGGAAAUUUAACUAAGCUUGAAGUUAGGCAAAACAUUUCAUUUUGAUGAACUAAGAAAAACAAAAAAAAAAAACCAAGCUCUGAAAUUCUAAAACACAUGGGACAUUUUGGACAAUUUUUCUGAUUCUCGAAAUAGAAACUAUCCCUUUAAGAGUUGUGAUACAGUGGGAGAAGCAGUAGUUGGAGAGACUGAUGACGAAACCCCUGAACUGACUGGACCAUGGCCUUCAAAGUUUAGUUGACACAGCAGAGGAUUUAUUUGCUCAUUACCUCCUGCAGUUUUUAUGCACCAAAGAGUUGUCUACUCUACCAAACACAUUUAAGUGUGCCAGUUCACUGUGCCUCACAGACUUAUAAUGCUGUACAUAUUAUUUUAUUGUAGUAGAUUUUUGUAUAUGAAGGGAUUAAAUGACUUAUUAGGAUUAUACUGAAGUAUUAUACCAUAUGUAUGAUUGUUAGAAAUGGUUGUUUACAUAUCUUAGUCCAAAUCAUAUCAAUAAAUUUAUGAACACUCAUACCUCCAAAUAUUUUACCUCUGAAGUGUUGAAGGGAUUUUCCUGCCAUGUUCCUCACUGUGUAAUGUAUUGAAUUUGUCUUCAUCUUUGACAUAGUUUUGUGAAUAUUUUUUUCAUCGCAUGUAUUUGAUUAAUGCUGUUUGGACCUGUUCAGAGUGAUGGACCAUCUGUCUUUGUAUGCAUUUCCUAUGUUUUCUUGUUCUUGAGGAUUAUAGCCAUUAGUCUCAAGUAAAUAUUUUGUGACAGCACAGUGAAUCAUUUUAAAUUAAACAUGUAUUUGUGUGAAAUUAAACAUUUUAAAAGAUUUUUUAAAAAAGGAUGUGAAUUCAUCUAUUCAGACCAAACUGAAGGACAGCAAUUGAGAAUUUAAUUAUACUUUGGAAUAAAGCUACUUCUGUAAUUAUGAAAGCAUAAAUAAAUGGAAACAUUUUAAUAAUAGGUCAAAAAAGAGAAUAUAAUGCAUUUUUAUAUGUAAUCUUUGACAUUAAACAAAUGAUGAAAUC